AAGAGACGUCUCUUAUAUUAUAUAUCUUAUUUAAGAGACGUCUCUUAGUUUUUUUUAGCUAAAAGUUAAGAGACCGUAUCUUAUAUUACGCUAAGAUCGUAUCUGCGAUAAACAUGUUCAUAGUCAUUUUUAAAAUAACUCUAACCCUUCGUCUCCGUUUGCUCAGUCACCGAACCAAUGUAAUAUACGUUUCAGUAACUCUGCUUUAAGUACGCUCAUAACUAACAUCAAGUAAAAUCAUAUAAAGUUAACCCUUUCACAUUCCUCAUAUUAGCUACCAUUUAAGUACUCUUAAAUCACCAGUAACCUUCAAGUCUAUCCAAACCACACUAUAAAAACACAACUCUCAUAACCCAAUCAUCACCACAAACACACAAAUCCCUAAAGACGAACGAUGGCUUAUAACACACGUUUUUUCCUCUUCGCCACCACGGCUCUCCUCCUGGCCCUCAACAUCUCCGGCAGGAUAAUCCCGGAGGCGACGGCUGAUCCCACAAACAUAGCGGCGAGGCUUAACGGAGGAGGACUAAUGGAGUGUUGGGAUGCCCUCUACGAGCUCAAAUCAUGUACCAACGAAAUCGUUCUCCUCUUCCUCAACGGGGAGACCAAACUGGGCACCGGUUGCUGUCACGCAGUGGACGUCAUCACCAGAGAUUGUUGGCCGUCGAUGUUAACAUCUCUUGGCUUUACGUCUGAGGAAACCAACGUCCUCCGUGGCUUCUGUGAGUCUCCAAAUCCCGGUGGUUCUUCCCCUGCUCCUUCCCCUUGAAAAAUUUGAUGUAUGCAUAAUAAUGGUUAUUUUUAGUAUCAUGUAUGGGACUAAUGGAGUCUCCUUUUAAAAUUAAUGGACAAAUGGAUUCUCCUUUUGGAUUUUUGUGUUUUAACUAAAACCAUGUCUAUACCAUUUAAUUGCAAAACUCAGAUAUAGGUUAUCAGAACAAAAAUAGAACAUAUCAAAAUCCUAAGUAACUUGUAGAACAAGAAAUUGAUUCAUGUUUAUGCAUCCUAGGUAAUUUCAUAGAUUUGAAACAAUUAUCCAAGUAAAAAAAGAUCAGGUAGCAGACCAUAGAAAGAAAGACAAGUAACUUAUUAAACAAUAAGAUGGAUUCAUGCUUCUGUAAGAAAACCUUAGAAUAAUUAUUUUAUUCAUAUUACACCAUUAGGUGAAAAAUCAAA